UUUUCUUGUUAUCUUAAUUUUGUCUACAAACAUUAUUAAUUAUCUCCACAGCUUUAAAACGCUGCGUUUGGCUUCAGGGUUUCGGGUUCCGGUACGGUGAAGAACAACGGGGUUUUCCAUAUCUUCUUCUUCUACACACCUCCUGAGUAACCCUAAACCCCUGAUUGCUCAGAAGUUAGCUUCCAUUUUGGGUGAAAAAAUGUCAUACUCAAGAGCUUUGAAGUAUAUAUUCAGGCUAAGACCUGACCCAAUUUAUUCUUCAUCAUCUUCUGCAUAUUCGCUCUACAUCACCGGCUCUCGCUGCACCGGCGGUUCUUCGAUUCCGUCGCAGCACCGAUCCAUCACCUCCACACCGACGCUUCAUGGAUGGAUGGACACGAUCAAAGGUGUUUUUACCGGGAAUAAGGAUACUCCUUUGGAGGAAUCAAAUCUGCCCGUUGAAGACUUCACUCUUCUCCGAUUCGCCGAUGAGUUGAAGAAUGCUAAAAGGUUAGGGAAAUUCAAGCAGUACAUUGUGGGUCGAAGCAGCGAGGCCACUUUUGCGGACGCUUUUGAGAAACAAGAAGCCAUUAUUAGGUAUCUUGGAGCUCGUGACGCUACAGGAGAGAAUCUCCAAGCGAGUCAAAAGCAAGAUGCGGCUAAACAUUGCAAGUGCACUAUCACCGAAGUGGAGAAUACGCUGGCAAAAUUUACUUGGGCCAGGCAAGCUCACAAGAAGAUGGCAGAGUUGAAAGAUGGAGGCAAACCGUUACCAAAGAAUAUGGGAGAGCUGCAAAAAAUGAUGGGGACAACCCCGAUGGAUCUGGCGAGAUCGAACUUAGCCAAAAGCGGACAGAUUAGCCGCAACGCACCUUGUCCCUGUGGUUCCAAAAAGAGAUAUAAAAGGUUAACAACUUUGAAGGGCGAUGUUGCGGAAAGGAUUGAAGAAGCAGAAGUAUCCAGAGUUGAUCGAUCAUUUUUUUUUGAUCUCAACAAGUUUCAGAUCACUAUGGAACCGGGUUCGUCACCACCACCAGGUACGCCGGGACAGAAUCCACCGCCGUCGCGAACUGGUGAACCUGAACAGUGGGAUAAAGGUUUUAGAAGCAUGGCGAUAGAUGUGGGCUUAAGAGAACGUUUCAUGAGUCAGGUUCGCGAGAGCGCUUUAGGGCUUCUCGAGUUCUCGAGCCAGUGGAAGGUAUAUGUUGAGGAAAUGAGGUUGAAGGAGGAAUCUGUAGAGAAUCAGGCUCUGGAGCUGCGGAAGAAAGAAGAGCGCCUGAGGAUGGUUGAAGAGAGGGAUAGGAAGAUUGAGUUGCUUGAGGAUAGUAUAAAGGAGCGGUUAGGUGUACUAGAGGAGAAAGAAAAUGAAGCAAAUGUGAGGAGACUCGAGUUUGAAGAAUUGGUUACUCAACUUAAAGCACAAGAGGAAUUGCUUAAGGAUUCGAUGUUAAAGAAACACGAGGAGCUAGUGGGAGAGCUUGAAGUGAGGAAACAGGAACUUAAAGCGAGGGAGAAUAAGCUUAGGAUGCUUAAUGAGACCAUCAAGGAGAAAUCGGUUGAGCUGGAGAAGAAGGAAGAGGAGUUCCAACUGAAACAAAAAGCAGAAGCCGGAAAGAUUGAAGUGAACAGAAAGUUGCUUAAGCUAAAAGAGAAGGUGAUUGAAGAAAGAGAGAAAGUGCUCGAGCGGAAGCAGAAAGAGUUAGAAGAACAACCAGAGACUAGUAAGAGAUCCAGGCAUGAAUCUGAGGCGAAGAGUAGAGAUGUCGAUUCUCAGAUGCAUACUGCAAAGAAGCAUAAACCCGUGAGAGAACACAAGCGUGAUGAUGGAGAAAAGGAAACACGUAUUGAUCCUGAGCCAGACAGCUGCCCUGAUCCGGACUUUAACGAGUUUAACAAAAAUUUGAGCUCUUUCGCGGUGGAUCAAGUAUGGGCUCUAUAUGAUCCUCUAGAUCAAAUGCCUCGAUUCUAUGCUCAGAUCAGGAGAAUCCUGAAACCUCAGCUGAGUGUGGAGGUGACAUGGCUCGAGUCAUUGAAGAACACAGGAUAUGAGAAACCGAUUCCUGUUGCUUGUGGAGUAUUCAGAUAUGGAGAUUCAGAGAUCCAAAGCCACUUGACGCUUUCUCAUGAGAUGCGUUACAUCAAAAGUGGCAAAAAUGUCACCUUUGUAAACCCGAGGAAAGGGGAGACAUGGGCGCUAUUCAGAGAUUGGAACAAGACUUGGAUCAAGGACAGGAAGCAGCACAAACCUCCUUAUAGAUACGAGUUUGUUGAAGUCCUGUCUGAACUCGACAGCGAUGAAGGCAUUAGAGUGGCUUAUCUAAAGAGAGUGGAGGGAUUCACAUCAGUGUAUAAAGUUAAGGAGCAGCAUAAUGGACUCAUCAAAAGUAUGGUAUCAUCUGAUCAGAUGCUUAGAUUCUCCCAUAGAGUGCCAUCUUUUAAACUGACUGGAGCUGAGAAAGAAGGAGUCCCACCUGGCUCUUUUGAGCUUGACCCCGCCGCUAUUCCUCGAGCUAACCUUAUGGCGACUAAGGUUAAAGAAGAGAAGAUUAUUCCAUAAUCUUGCUUUGAGUCUGAUGUGUUCACUGUUUUAUUUAUUAGUCUGUUUCAAGUGUUUAUGUAUGUCUAAGUAUAUGAUGAAUCAAUCUAACUUUCUUUGACAUGAUAAUGCCUCAGAUAAUUCAAAAGCUGAUCUUCUUGACUAAAAAUAAAAAAUACAAAAUUUUAG